GCCGCUCAGAAAUUGAAUAGUAUUUCUUAGCGACAAUCGAUAUUUUAGUCACCCUUUCUCGAGAUACCAUUUUGUGUAUAUGAUAUAACAAUAACAACGUAUUGACACGAAAAUAAGUCUCUGUGAUUUCGGCUUUUCGUUGAUAGGAAUAUUAACGGCGGAAGGAAGCAUUUACCGAUUUGUGACAGCCCACCUGAGACGUCAUCAAUAAAGAUGGCGGCGGCCAUAGCAAAAAACUGUUGACGUUUAUCUUGGACAUUCUACAUGGAUUUUGUACACAUGGCUGAAAUGUGAUCUCGCUACACAAGCAAGAUCAUGAGUUGGUGGAAUGCUAGCAGCUUCUCGGACCUUGCCUCUCAGGCAAUCAAAAAUGCACAAAAGAAAAUUGACAAAGUUCUGGAAAUUGAUGAAGAAGGAUUAAAGGAAACAAAACCAUCUACCAUUAACAAACCUACAAAGGAAGAGACUUCUAAACAAGAAACUAAAGAUGAUUUCUGGAACACAUGGGUACCUUCUCCCCAGUCUGAGGGGGCAGAGGGAGCAACAGAGAAGGAGGGGGCUAGGAGCUCAUGGUCCACUAUGCCUUGGGGUUCAGUCCAUCAAGAUCUAGAACCCAAGAAAAAAACAAGUCCAACUUUACCAACCUCUCCUGAAAGCAAAGGAAUGAAGCAGAAAGCAUUAGAUCCUAUAUCUACUACAGUGCAACAGUCUGGCGUCAGUAAAAAGGCAGGUCAUAGUGCUAAGUCAGAGGGGAAAAGUUCAAAGCGAAGUACAGACAAGGUUACGAAAAAUAGUUCUGACAAUGAUAGGAAAGCGGUAGGCAAUAUUCCAGUAGUGGAAAGUAAAGAAAAGGUGGAGAAUUGGGAUUCUUCCUCAGCCUGGUCUAGUGAACCACUGAUAGCCUGGCAAGGUGAAGGUCAAGAGAGUGGUGCUGACCUUGAUCUUGAAGGCUCACAACAUGCAUCAUUUCAAGGUAAAGGCCAGGAAUUAAGGCCUGACUCAAAUUAUAAAAAGCCAAAUAAAGAAAACGAGGAAAGUUUGACAGAUCUUUGUCCUGGUAACAAGGAAUUGAAGAUGCUGGAAAAAGAGGAUUCAAAAGGAGAUAAAACAAAGGAAUUAUUACCAGAAGAUAGUGAUCAGACUAUAAGUAGCAAGACAUUAGAUAAGGAUCUAUCUGAUUCACUAUUGGAUGAUAAAAGUACUGACUGUAAAACAGACAAAUCCAGUAGUAUAUCUGUGAUAGAGUCUGUAGAAGGGGUGAUUUCUUUCAGUGAUGACAGUGAUGGGAAAUGUGACCAGUCCAGCAGUGUGUCACUCCUACAGACUGACUCAGGGGAGAUGUUUCCAUGUCAUAGUGAGGGAAUCGAGGACCACACAAUAGAUUUAGAUAGUGUUGUGAUUCAAACGAGCGAAACUCAAGAUUCAGGGAUGGCAUCUUCUGUGAUGGACCAUGAAGUAAAGGAAAGUCCAAAUCCAGCAGAUACGGGAUCUGAAUUGGUGAUAUGUGAAAACAUUGACACUGAAAAACAUGCAAGUGAAGGGAAAGAUUCUGAAACACAAGAUGAUAAAGAAGAAGCCUUAAGUGAAUCUACAAGUGACCCAGGUAGUGUUAUGACAAAAAUAGAUUUGAAGGAAACUUCAGUUGAUGCAGACAAUGUUCUUGCCCAAUCCUCCAUUUCCAGUGGGUCAGGUGAAGGCACAAUGGAAGAGAUUAUUAAAGAUCCUGGGGUUACUGAAAUAGAUGUGUUAGAAAGUUUAGGGAGCGUGCACAGCCCCUCAACUUGUAGUUCUUUGUGCUCAUCAGACACUAGUAAACUGGACAGUAGCAUGGACACACACACCUCCGAAGACACAGUGGUGGACAAUCGAGGAGAGGACGAACGUGUAGGGGAGAUAAGUCAGGAGGAAGAGAUCAGUGCAGGGGAGGUAACUCCAGAGGAGGCUAGUUAUAAGGAAGUAACUCAAAAUACAAUGUCUGGUUCAGUUCAAGUUUCUCAGCAGGAAACUGGUGGUCAGGAUUUGGCAGAAAUCCAAGAUGAUUCUCAUAAAAUUACAGAUAGCAUGUUCAGUGUAUCGUCAAGUAGUUCAUAUGUAAAGUGUAUGAUAGAAGAAGCUAUGGAGGACAACAGCAGAAGUGAGGAUAACAAUAGUGAUUGUCAUUCCACUGGAGGAGAGAAAUCGGAGUGUUCUAGGAGCACCGGAGGACAGGAAUCUGGUGAUGAUAUUGACACCACAACAUCAUCGGAUAUUGAAAUAAUUUCUACACCAAAUUCUAUAAAUAAUGGUGAACCCAACAAAAUGGUGGAUCUGUCACCACUGAAAAUUGCAUUACAGAAAACAGCUCGACGUGAAAGUCCCACCCACAGAAGGACAGACAGUGCGUCAAGUUCCAGCACCCACAGCCGUGAAGGUCAAGGGGAACAACUGAGUCCUGGUCGAGACAGUCUGGAGGAUGAAAGCCAGUAUGGUGAGGACAGAGAUCUUCCAAUUGACAAGCAAAAGCUGGCUCCAGUCCGAGAGGAGAAGGGAGACCCUUAUAUGAUCCCACAGAAAGUGUUGAAAAAACGGCGCCUUAUGAGAGGAUGUACUUUACAGACUGUGCCUGAACACACUGAAGUUCGUCUGACUCGAGACAGCUACUGCGAUUCCACAUCUACUAGCAUGGCCUCCGAGAGUACAACUACCAACAACACUCCUACUCCCCCCAUCUCACCUCAGACUGGUAUCUCUGCUGGGGGCCAGAAAAUGGCAGAAAUGGAAGAAGUUAUCCUGGCUAGAGAAAGUAAACUGGUACAGCUAAGUAAGGAAAACAACGACCUGUUAGAGACCAACAGUAUCUUACGCAACCAGAUACAGCAGCUGGAAGAAACGCGAGAACUUGAAUUGGAGGAUGUGAGCAAGGUUUCCACAGAGUUUGCCGGUAGAAUUGCAGAGUCUGAGAAAAAACUAAACAGUGUGAUACGGGAAAGAGAUACAGCAAGGAAAGACCUACAGAAAUCUUUUGAUGAUUUUGCUAAAAAAGUCCGAGGAUUCCAGUCAGAAAUAGAAGAGAAAGAUCAACAGAUAGCAGAACUAUUACAGGAAGGUGAAAAGUUAUCUAAACAGCAGCUACAAAGCAACAACAUUGUAAAGAAGUUACGAGUGAAGGAGAAGGAAAACGACUCACUGUUAACAAGUCAGAAAAAACAGAUCGAUGAUCAACAGAAAGAGUUGGACCACCUCAGGACUGUCUGCGAAUCCAAGGAUGUAAUGGAGAAAAAACAGACAGAUGGCAUCACUCAAUUGAAUUCUGCUGUACAGAAACAAGAGAGGGAGAUUUCUAAGUUAAAGGGAGAGCUGACAGAUGCCCAGGAAAGAGUGCGAGGUCUGCAGGCAGCACUGGACAACUCUUAUAAAGAGAUCGCUGAGCUUCACAAGUCCAAGGCAGCCCAGGAUAGCAAAGUGCAGGAGACGGCCUUGAGUCUGGAGAUGUCUGUCCGCGAGGAACUCAAAGCCACUCUGACCAAGGAACAGUUCAGCUUCAAACAGGAGAGAGAGGCCCUUAUAGCUCAGAUUGAGGAUUUGAGGAUGAGUAUGUCCCGGAUGGAGAAGGAACACAACCGGAGGGAGGACAUGCUGAGACAGGAAAUCUCGGACCUUCAGAUGCAUUUACAAGAGGAUGAGGCCAGAAAUCAAGACCUGACACACAGCGUAACAUCAGCCACACGACCCCUGCUGAGACAGAUUGAGAAUCUCCAGAGUACAUAUGCUGCCCAGUCUACAUCCUGGGAGAAGCUGGAGAAAACUCUCACGGACAGGAUAGUCGACACUCAGAGCCAGCUGGCCAUUGCUGUUGAAAAGGAGCGGUCAGCCAAUGAGAAUGUGAUUGACCUCACGUCCAAUGUGACUGCCCUGGAAUCUCAGAAUUGUCGUCUGCGUCAGGAGAAGUCACAACACAUUGCUCAGCUAGAGAUGCUAAAGACACGCGUUGAGGUAUUGGAGGAUGCCAAAAAUAGUGAAACUGCUCAAAUUGAAAUAGUGAAACACCAGAUGUCUCAGGAAUUAUCAGAAGUCAAAAAGGAGAAGAUGUUUCUGGAGACACAGCUGGACAUGGAGAGGACUAAGUUGGACCAGGAGAAGAAGAAGAUGGCCAUAGCUCAAGAUCAGAUAGCCCAGCUUGAGCGGGAAAUCCAGAGGCCACACUCUCGUGGAUCAAUGUCUCCCCAGAACCUCCAGCGGAUGGACAGCAUGUCAAGCUUUGGUGAACCGUCCGCUCUCAACACGUCCUUUACCCAGGAUGACCUUGAAAGGAACUUCCUGUUGUCCCCUGGGAGUAGUGGACUUGGAAGUCUGACAAAGUCCAGUCUGUAUGAGAACAUCAGACAUAGUGGUGCUGCCAAUCUACUGGAGAAUCUACAGUCACAGCUAAAACUCCGGGAAGGGGAGAUCACUCAGUUACAGAGUGAAAUCCAACAACUUGAGAGGACUAGGGAAUCCAUGGCUCGAGAGCUUGUCAAUCUGACCAAUCAGAAUGAAGAUCUCAAGAGUCAGGUGGAGUCAUUACCAGUGAUUAAGAACCAAAUGCAGGAUCUAAACCAGAGAUACAAUGCCAUGCUACAGAUGUACGGUGAGAAGGUGGAGGAAGCCGAGGAGCUUAAGAUGGAUCUCCAUGAUGUCAAAGAGAUGUACAAAACUCAGAUUGAUCAUUUACUCACAAAGUGAACAGGAUAGAGAUUGGUGCUAAGUGCAAUAGAGGAGAGAUGUGGUAUUCUCCCACCCUUCACAGGUGUGUCUCCCCGGGAAAGAUCAGCUUGUCACCCUCUAGGGGUAGAUAGCCUCGUGGCGAUUAGCACGUGUUCAAUUGUGACGUCAUUAAAAUGCGUCAUCGGUAAUUAUGACGUCAUCAAAAGUGAAUAACGA